UUUUUGGCAUUCCAAUUUGAGGUUACGUUUCUUAUGUUAUGUACUUCAAACUAGUUCAAAAAUCGAGAUCCGAGUAAAUAAUGAAUUAAAACUUUACAUGUUUAUAGAUAUUCUGUUAUAUGUUUGAGCGUUAAUCAUGGCUUUCGCUUCGUUGCGUUUUGCUGUUGUCAACAAAAUGGUGCAGUCGGCUACCUUUACGACGUUAUUAAAGAGGCCGAUGGCAUACAAAAGUGCUAUAUCCUUAGAAACAUUAUACCCUAAUAGUUCUUUGAAACUAACAACACCAGCACAUCCAUCGGAUCCAAAUGAAAAGUUCUCAGGUUAUAUACCUAUGGAUAAACUAGAUAUAUCUUACAGUGCCAGCUCAGGACCGGGUGGACAAAAUGUUAACAAGGUGCACACUAAAGUAGACCUGAGAUUCAAGCCCAGUGAAGCGGACUGGUUACACCCUGACAUCAAAGCCAAAGUACAAGAAAUGUAUGCUAAUAAACUAUCAAAAGAGGGCUACCUGAUCAUCCGGUCAGAUGCUACUCGUUCACAGCAGCUAAACCUGGCUGACUGCAUGAAGAAGCUGCGGACUAUACUCCGUGCUGCUGCUGUUACCAAGAAGGAACCCGCUCCUGAGACUGUGGAGAGGAUUAGGCAAAGACACCUGAAGGCCGCCCGCCUGCGCGUGGCCAUCAAGCGCGAGGACUCCCUGAAGCGCGCUAUGAGGCAGCCGCCCACUAUAGACUUAUGAUUUUUCCAUUAAAUUGGGCAUGCACGGCUUACACUACACUGACGUCUGAGGAGACUGUUAUAAAUCAUAACUAGUAUGGUUUCAAUAGUCGGUUGACCUCAUACCUAUACGAGAAACUUUAAGGCUAAACAUACCGUACAUUAAAUUCAUAUUGAAUCAGCACGAUAAUUAUGUAUAUUCAUAUGAUCACAUUAUCAAGUGACAUGAUACUGUAGCAUUUCAUUUACAAAACAAUUAAAAAGCCCUGCUAACUAAAAGAUGAAUAAUAGCCUGUAUAGGAGUUGAUCCGAACAUCUGUAGAGCAGUUGCUCUAAAAAGUGUAAACUUUUGACCAAUUCACGCAAUGAGAGGGGUAUGACAGUCGUAUAGUAUGUGAGGUCGACAGCCUUGUUUUCUCAGAUGAUCAGAAGCCGUAAAGUUUGACUGUUUUUAUAGUUAUGUAUAAUUAAUAUAAUAUAGUUGUUUAGAUA